AUGCAGACGAACCUCGAUGAGUCAGAGGACAAGCAACGACUCUAUGCAGCUUCACAAACCGAAGAGGCGGAUGAGAUUUUGCAUCCUCCUCCAUCGUCAUUAUCCGAGGCAAGAUGGACGGCCGCCAACACCAGUAGUUCCUUGGUUGAUGCGUGGACUCAGAGCUGACUAGAUGUCCCUUUUCUCCAUACUGACGACUUCAGUUCUGAAACAGAACCGGGUGAGAAGACCCCCGCUCUUGAAACUGAUUAAAUGGCUUCAUUAAAAGUUCGCUGUUGCUUGAAGACCGGUCGGAAGUCAUCGAAACUGGGGAGUUCAAAGAUUACGGGUAAUUGAUACGGCUAGUAAAUCUCGUAACAAACCCCACUCAGCGACGUCAUCGGAGGACCAAGUUGUCCAGUCGACCUAUGAACCGCACAUUACACCAACGUUUGCGCAAGAGUUAGGCGUUCGUCCAUCUUCACGGGAGGCGGAUGAUGCUUUGUCAGCGUCAGUCACAGCUGCAGAGUUGCAACUCUCCGCGUGUUCUCUAAAGGUUCAGUUGGAAAAAGGGGAGGUUGGACACCAAGUCAGGUUUGAGAUCCCUAGGCCGGGGACUGCUCUCGUCUGUCCACGAUCAGCUCAGGGGAGAGCAGGCCGCUCAUUCGGCUUCCUAGACCGACAUCCGGAGACUUAAAAUAGGACUGGCGUAAAAGAACAAACGGGAGAAAGAACUGAGUAGGACAAUGCGGCACAUCCAACUUGACGCAUAUGCUUCCAGUCGAAAUACAACUGACUCAACGAGACGAACAUGGCCUUAACCUGACCAAUCGACGCCAUGGUUAAUAUCCACCAUCCCAACCGACAGGACUACGGGCCCGUAGCUCAAUAAUACAAUGACGCACUCAAUAGCCAAAGAUACCGACUGCGAAUCUCAGGUGAUCCAAACUUGAUAUUAGACAUGACUGACUUGUAACUGCUAAUAAGCCCGCAAUAGCUUCCCCCCUUGUUUGCCUUUUGUGGUACCAUCUUAUCUACUUAUACUACUAGUUGCUACGAGACUGCCAACAAGGGUUCAAAUUUGAGCCCCAGAGCUAAACGGAACGAGCAUGUUCCGUAGCCUGUUCUGUGAUCCACCAUCUACUAUAAUGCAUAUAUAUUCAUUUAUUUAGCGCAAUUUUGAAAACCCGACGACAUCGGCCGUAUUUGAGCACACAACAGCAAAGUGCAUAGCUCAUGUACAACCAACACUAAUUGCCGAACUAUAUACAUAUGCACAGAACGCAGACAGCAUGCAUUCCGAGCCGAAUGAGGUCCUUCGCACUAUGAGGAUGCUCAAUUAUAGACGAUACGAAGACCAGAACGAUCUAUCUCCCUGGUGACACUUCGAAGAUUCCAUACAUAUAACGCAGGGAAUCAAGUUUCUUCGGCGAGAUUUCUCCACUGGGGAUGGACCUUAUGGCUGUGUCUGACGCCUCAGACAGUUGUUCACAAAGCUGAUCAGAUAUCCGUAAGACUGAAACAACUGCUACAGAUAAGCUAAUUCUUUCCCUGGUAAAUAGUCCUAUUGCAAUAGCUGUAAGUCUGACAGAAGAGAGUUCAUACGCUAGGUUUUUUGUGCGCUGUGGGAUGGACACUUCCAUAAUUUAGGAUGAUCUUAGCACUAUGUCCUUUCGCAUAAACGCGUCCCUUCCGGUUACCAUCGCUCAGCCUUUGUAUGCUCACAUCCACAAGCUGCAGAUUGCUCCCGCUGUUUUUUUUUUCACGAAGACGCCAUUUAGCCUCUGAUGCAGUUGUUCGACUUCGUUGUUAAACAACCCGUCUACGCCGCACAAUGAAGCAGGUGUUCACAGGGGCGGUUGGAAUCUUACAUGUUUGAGAGUGCCAUAGAGACCAAAUGAAGAAUAUGUCACUAUUGCAAAAUAUCAGCACCCCAUAUAAUUGUCUCACACACCUGCAUCUUUUACUGGCUUCGAGGAUCGCGCUAUUCCGUUAGACAGCCUUCCGAGCCAUGGUAUGUUCGACCAUCUCAGAUUUACUACCAGUAAUGAACGUGCUGAUUUGGUGUGAGGACGGAUUCUACCUUAUUAGCAACCUCAUACUUCCUUCUUCCCUGCAGCUGUUUGCUGUCCGUGCCUGUCAUCCAUCUGGUGCCCUAUCUGGGCGCAGUGACUGCAGCGACGUGAAGCCUACGCCUAGACAUGCCACAGAACGUCUUCCUUCUCAAUGUGCGGCGGUAGUUAUGGUUUUGCGCGGACUCUGCACUGUCCAGUUAACGCGUGCCUUGGGACGAUCUCGCCCCCUUUUGUGGCAUCACAACUACGGCGUAACCGACGGAAGAGCCAACUCCACCUGGUGAGAGGUUUGCAUGCCCCUUUCUAUAACAAUUAUCAUAUGGUUGCUACUUAUUUCAUAUGAGUAGCUUUACUAAAUUUAAUAGAACGUUUCAGGAUCAAUGCCGGCCCCACUCUUGUGGCAUUUUUUUUUACCGACAGCGUUUAAGAGGUAAUCAUGGGUCCAGUAUUCGCUUUCUUCUUAGUUAUUCAUAUACAAAUGUCAACCAGCAUAAUGUGGAGUAUAUAUAAAUAUCAGUCAUACCAGUGGCAGCCUGGGGGCCUAGCGUGAGCAGUUAGAUAUCGCAGUAUGCGUCCAAUCAGAAUUCUCACCAUAGUAGUUUUAGACGACCUUCUGCCUGUCAUAGUCAGUUCGAGCUAUUUCUAAACAGAGUGAAGUCGUUCUAAAAUGAAUCUUUCUCUCAUUGGACAAGUUAUAUAAACACAUUUUUUAAAAGACGGUCGCAUAUAAUGCAGCGGAAUAUAAUCCGGGAGGGAUAAAACUGCACCUCAAGCGUACUGUCACCCAGUCCAGAAAAACUGAGUUGUACCCCUAGAGUCUCCAGCUGAUGACGCCAGUCAGUUGUCAGAUAAAAGGAAUAGAGGAGAAGAAGGACUGUUUCUGGUAAAUGGUUUUAUCCCUAAUGAGCGAAAUACCAAAACCAUUUACAGCAUCACAUACACUAGAUGUACAUGCGCGCACAUUGACCACACAGUUUGACACCUCUCCAUUGUUUGAAGAAGAAGAAGAAUCGAGCACCGGAACAAUUCGUUUAUUAUCCUGAGCUUUCAGACUCGUACAGGAGUCCAUCGUCAGAGGUAGUGGCAGAAACAGGACAAGCGGCAGUUAUUGUCUUUGCGCACACGUUUGGUGCUCCAGCACCGGCGCGUUUUCCUAGACGCUCACUAUGAGGGUCUACGUGCAUGUCUCGCAGACCUUCCGUUAAUUUUCUGUUUGACCAUCUGGAGUCUCAUUGACCUGCUAUCGCCCCAUAUCUUCCAGUCGAGCUAAACCGUAGUGCACAUCGCCUCCCCUCCCCUAUCCGACACUUACAAUAACACUUCGUUCACGCACCUCAUGAAUGGGUGUCGUGUUUAUGUAAUCUCAAUGUUCCCAAACACUCAAACGUCUCAUUAUCCAUUUCACUGAAUGACGGGUGAACGUCACCAACUUGAAACGGCCUCAUCUUUUUUAGUAUACCAGCUCAGAAUGCUUAUUACCUCACUCUCCCUUUCAGUACGUAUAUGCCUCAAGAAGAGAGAUUUUCCGACAAGUAUUCGAGUUGUUGUCAUGCAGAUGCUCGGCCUACCAACUUCCUAGCCGGCUUUAAAUCCAUCAUGUUGACUUUUAUCCUUCCGGAAGGCAUGCAUGAGGACAUACGCAACUGUGCCACUGGUAUCUUCAGGCAAAAAGACGUCAGGAAACCCUGCCAGCUGGGGAGGCGCAGGGGUUGCUAUCACUGAAAUCCGAUCACAGUAUUGUUGUCUCACAUUCUGAAAAAGGUGACGCCAUCGUCACCAUGAACAAGACGGAUUACAUUAAGAAGACGAAUGAAAUGUUAACUAACAAGGAGACCUAGAGGCGCUGAAAGCCCGACAAGGAAGAAAGCCACGGCGGUCACGGGAAAGGUGAAUGAGCUCGCUUCUCUGAGAGUCACGAGUUCAGAUGACUUCACCUUGAAAACCCUCAGAGAUCACCGUCUCGCGCAUGCGUAUGGUCUCAAAAAAUGUACGAAGCGAAUGCUCCACUGAGAAUUUUAGGGUCAUCAUUGGAUAACCCACUUACUAGUUGCUAGGCGGUUGCAAAAGCAUCUAAAACAUCAAAGAAUCCAAGGUCAAAAUGUACGUUCUGAUAGAUGUAUGAUGCCUUUUGGACUCGUUGAAUUGUUUCGGAAACCGGUCCAAAAUGAAUAGACGAAAACCCCCAGUUAUUACUAAACGCAUUUAAGUGAAAUUAAAACACAAAAGAAAUAUUAUCAGUAAUAUUAGGUGUUUCAGAAAUAACGAUUUUUUCAAAUAUAUUGGAAACGCCGAAAACGUCAAAAAUUCUUGCAAAUAAGUAAACUUAUAUACAUCAUAUGUAUGGGCAGGACUAAAGGCCGGGCUGUUGGUCAUCGUCAGUUCUAGGUUUGGGUAACAUGUAGUAUACAAGCUUGAAGGAGAAUAAAUUCCUUAGGAAGGUUAGGAAACUUUAUUUCGUUCGUGAAUUUUCCAUGAAAUUCCCAAAACCAUAGCCAAAAGUGCGAUAAAUGCUCAAAUCCGUUGGAAUUUCAAACAUACCUAACAUCGAUACUGGUCCGUUACACCUGUCAGUAAGCGUUUGCUGUGCUCUGUCAUGCUGAGCGGAUAGAUUGUAGUCUUUGCAUUUUGCCUUGAGACUUUUGGACACGGCGUCUAGUUAGAUUUGCCGCAUGGUCCGACUAAGUUCUUCCUCCUGUUUGCUCUUUAACGCAUCCCGUUUUCAGUCUCCGGAUGUCAGUCUGGUAGGCUGAGUGUGCGACCUGCAGUCCGCUGAUUAAAUCGAGAGCCGAUGAGACCAUUCCUCUGUGGAUCUCGAUCUAAACUUGGUGCUCGAUCUCCCCCUUUUCCAACUGGAUCUUUGGAGAACAAGCAGAGUUCUGCAACUCUGUGGCUGUGACUGAUGCUGACAAAGCGUCAUCCGCCUCCUGUGAAGAUGGACGAACGCCUAACUCUUGAAUAGACGCUGGUGUAAUGUCUGGUUCAGAGGUCGGCUGGACAACUUGGUUCUCCGUUCUUGUCACAUGGAGAGGUUUGUUUCUAGAUUUACUGGUUGCACGAUUGACCCGAAAUCAUCAAAUUCACCUAUUUUCUUGACGUCCGACCGCUCUCCAAACAACAGCAGAGUUGAGGUGAAGUCAUCAAAGGAUUCUGAAUGCCGGAGUCUUUCUGUCCGGUUCUGUCUUUGAACUGAAGUCGUCAGAAUGGAAAUGUGAGGCCUUACCUGCUAUGUCGUCUGACCAGCUCUGAGUCCAUGCAUCCACCAAGGAGCUAAUGGGGUUGGCGACCUUCGAACUUGCCUCGGUUACUGGCGGUGGAGGAAGAUGGAAAAUCUCAUCCGCCUCUUCAGUUUGUGAAGCGGCACAGAGUCGUAGCUUGCCCUCUGACUCAUCGAGCUUCGUCCGAAAUCCCACAAUUUCCUGCUUACAUACGUUCAAACUGACAUUUUCCCCAAUUAACUGCUCAUGUAAUUUCACCAAGUUUGUCUGUCUUGUAUUCCGCUCCUGCUUGUUCGCCCAUGCAGCUAUUGACUUCGUGGUCAAGUCCAUCGUUCACUUGAACAACCUGGCGUUCACGGCUUCGGUCAUCUUGUGCGACAGGCCGGCCUGCCACUUGAUUCCUCCCAUCUAGUCAGCCAGGUAUCUAUUAUCACAGCCCGGGAAGCACUUCUGAGCAGCGAGGGGACUCUGCAGCUUACUAACCGAUUCAUCUCCUCUUGCGGUGACCUCAUCACCUUCUUCGUCUAUAUGUCCUCGUGUGAAUGCUAUGAUGUGGCCAACUAUCUCUCUCCGAGACUCACUUAAGACCCUCUCGGUCUCAACAGCCUCCCCUACUUGCUCGAAAAGACGACUGAUGCAUGCUUCGAAUUGGGCCUUCUGACCCUCGUCUUCAUGAAUCUGGACUUCCAGCUUUACAAACAUCCAAAUGAAUUUACUUUGGAGUGCACUGUUAGGAAGAAAUGGUCUACAAAAUCCUAUGCACCAGUUGUGAUGCAGCCUUUUGUUGCCAAACCGUGAAAUCUCUGUUCACACGUAUACAGGAAUACCAGCUGGCGAUAAUGAGACAAGACCACUUAUCCCAGGUAGCCAAGCACGCCCUGGACACAGAACAUAUAUGUUUGUGGGAAAAAAUCUGCAUCGUUGGCGCCUGUCCAGCAGGUAGGGCCGCGGGGUCCUGAAAGCAAUUCAUCUGGACGGCGCAGCAUGCAACAGUAAGCAUAUGGAUUUGGAUGUCACAUACACGUUUUCAAGGUCAGGUGGGGACGGAAAUAGCCGGCACUGACCAAGAAAAUUAAUGCAGUGGACGCCUACUAGCAUAAACGUCAAAAAACCGCAGAAUGUUUUAUUAGGCAUGAUUUAAAAUUGACUGUUUUUGGACACUGUCCAUUUGUCUGACGACGAAGUGCGUAACCAGUUUUGAGAAAUUGCGCAAUAAAUGUUGCAUCGUUACCAUAGUGCUGGCCUAUUUCUAAGGCUGCUUGAUGACGGUUAAUAGGCUUGUCCUUGUCGAAACUCUUCAGCGUAUAUUCCUGUUCGUUAUUAGACUAUCACCAAGGGCUCUAAAUUGAUCUCCUAGGCAUAACGUGAUGGUCAUGUGCCGUAACACGGUCUGUGAACGCAAUUCGAAAGCAAGUGGGAACGGUAUGUAGCUCAUUAAUUUGGGCGUUGGGCUAAAUGAGGUUCGAUAAAACGCGAUCGAGUCUCAGGUAAGACAACAACCCGGGUGUGGGUGAGGCCGUCUGACGACGGCUAACAAGCUUGAAAUGGCCAUCACAAUUUCCACUUUGUCGGGACUCCUUUCAGCGUAUAUGCCUUGUCACCAUGUGAUUACCUGCGAGGGCUCCAUAUUGCGCUCAAGGGUACUCCGGGCGGGCAUAUUCCGUAACCCGAUCAAUGAACUCGACUGCAACCGAAAUCCUGUAAUGUGGUUUUAAUCAGAAAGGGUAACUUAAGUAGGGUAGUAAUAUUGAUUAUCGUGAAGCAUAGUCUGAGGAUGCUUCGGUCACCUCAAGAUGCCAUAUUUUGAAUGUGCGUGCAAAAACAAACGUAUUGAAAAAUGAUUACUUAAGCCUUUUGAUAUCGUCCCAUAAUAUUUUCGAAGCCGUUGCGCGUCGAAAUAUAUUUUGUAGAAAACACGCACAAAAUAUCCUUUCUGGUAGUCAUUUGUCAGUAAAUCACAUCUUCAUAUGUUAUCUUCGAAACAAGGGCAUCUCUGCGUUUUAAGACCUUGAAAUGUUUAUUCAAAUGGCCUCACUUCUGUUCAUCUUUAAUAGCUCCUUACGACGUACGACAUUUCGACCGUCGUUGUCGACGAUGUACACAGCAGGAAGGAGCCGGGAGGGUGAUUUGCGCGUGACUUAGUUUACUGCAAUAUUGCUCUUGCACUGCACGUACCCCACUCCCUCCUCCUCCUCCUCCUCCUCCUCCUCCUCCUCCUCCUCCGCCUCUCUCACCUGAACCCGGUGUCAAGACAGAGGCAAGAAGACCGGAGGCGGGAGAGGACGUAGGUGGUUUGCACGGCGAGGACCUGCGCCCAGGCGCACACCCACACCCCACGGUCACAGCUCACACUGACUAGGAUUUUGCAUGCAGCACUAGGAAACGACUAAUGCAUGACCACCAUACUCUCUGUGUUGAUGUUCAGCCCGUAUAUAGCGCAUCCGGAAACGAAGAGUUCCAUUCUCCGUUGCACGUAAGCAUCUGUCUCGGUCCUGAGUGCACAAACGUCAGCGAAGAGCAAGUCGAGAACGAUAGCCGUGGAGAGACGCGUUGAGUCAUUCAUGCGCGAGUUUUUGAGGAGUUAUCCGUCGUUCCUGUAGACGAUGCGGAUUGUGGGUUGCUCAUCACGGUAGGCGUCCAUCAGCAUGGCAGGAAGUAUGAGACAGGAGAAGGUUAGGACGACAAUGCAGUCCUCCUUAACUCAGCUUGUCACUACAGAUGCCUCUGAGACAGCUACACUGUCCGUGACGCGCGCCGCUAUGUCACCGUGGAGCUGACGCCACAUCUGAGUGAAUCGCUUGACACCGACGAAUUUCUGCAUGGUUUGCCGCGGUCCAUCGCGAAUCACCAUGUCGAAGGCUUUCGUAAAGUCCAGGAAUGCGGAGUAAAGAUGGAUCUUCAUCUCCCGACAUUCAUGUAGUUGGCGGCCGACGAAGCCCAUGUCGGUGGUGCCGCGAUGACGGCGCAAACCGCACUGGCAUUUCGGCAGAUGACCCUGUUCAGAUGGCUGUUGAGAAGACUAAGGAGAAUGUCAUCGAAGAUAUAUCCAGCGACGUUGAGGAGGGAGAUUCCUCAUCUUCAAAAUAACGACUAAGGACAGCGAGAGAUUUUUUUAAAAUUUUUGGUGAAUCUUCAGACAGAAUAUUUUGUCAACCUCAAGAUCUUGAGACUGUAGGACACGUCGCGAAACGCAAGUUCUGAAAAUGCUCAGAGGCAUGCGUUAAUGGGGAAUGUGGAGAGGCGAGGACAAUGAUGGCGUGGGUUGUGACUUUUCACGUGUAGUGACCGCAAAGAAACUUACGCGGAAGUUAUCCUACAUUACGAGAGCAACCACCCUAUGGCUCACAAACGGAGUGCUGUUAAGACCCUACUUAAUCGAGCAAAGACACAUUGCUCUGAGAACGAAGGUUACAAAGAAGAACUCAAUUAUCUAUUCAACCUAUUUUCCCAAAACGGCUACCCCAGAGAUUUUGUACGCAGAUGCAUGAAAGCGCAGGAAUCAAAAGAAAGAGAGAAGGAACUAGAUUGUUCCGAUCAGACGCCAAAACCAAAACAUUGGCGAACGCUUCCCUACAUUAAAAAUGUGUCUGAACUCGUUGAAAGACACCUGAGGAAGCACCAAAUACAAGUGGCUCACAAACCGACUACCACGCUACGCAAUCAGCUUGUACACCCUAAGGAUAGGGUUGGCUAUUUGGAUAAGAAAGAAGUAGUCUAUAAGAUUCCAUGUGGCACUUGUAAUGCAGUGUAUUGUGGUCAAACCGGAAAAUCUGCCUCUACACGCCUACAUGAACACCAAUUGGCAGUGAAGAGGCGGGACCACUUAUCCCAAGUCGCCAUGCAUACUCUUGAAACUGGGCACAAAUUCGCUUGGGAUAAAACACGCAUUGUCGGUUCCUGCCCCUAUAAGAAAGGCCGAGAAUUCCUAGAGGCCAUUCACUCUGAUGAUUCAUGCAUCAAUCGACGCAUCGACCUUGACAACAUGUACAAAAGUCUCAAAGAAAAAUGGAAAAGGUAAUAGCCAAUCAAGACGUGACAUCAGCCCACAGCAUUAACCCAUCCUCAGUCAUGACAGAGCAAUAUCGAUUUUUUCGGCAUUGUUUAAAUUUUGACUGUUUCUUCACACUUACUACACGUCUGAAGACGAGCUGGGGAACCAGACUCGAAAAUUUACGAAAUAAAGUUUGUUCAUUUUCCCAAAGGACUCAUUCUUCUUCGAAUUAUGUUUCUUGGGAUGCCCAUCUUCCAGUACAAAAGCAUAUAUAGAGAGCUCAAACCAUUUUUACGCCAGUAACCGGAGCCUUAUACCAACGAACUAACUUCGUGUCUUAACGGACUGUGCCAAGACAGAUUUUGUGUUAUCCCACCAUUUCAUAUCUGGAGUGGGCAGUUGUGCCAAACCAGGGGUAAUGAGGCUAGAAUAGUGAAACGGGGGACGAACAGCGCGCACGUGCAAAGUCAGUUGUUUGUCUGGGCAGCCGGAUAUAUAAUUUCGGCAUUGUCAUAUUUGUGCGAAUCGCCUCACUGGAAACCAAAUCUUCGUUUAUUUCUUGGAGGAUGAUUUCUGGGAACGUUGACCAUUGAUUCCAAACACUAGCUCCUCUUUCAUGUUCACAGUCAAGCUUCCGUAACCGUAUGGGAGUACUAACUCGACGAAUGCUCUGCACAGACUGAUUUUGGCAAAGACGGAGGCAUUGAAAAAGGCCAUAGACACGUUUAACUGAUUGCGAGAACAAAGUCAUGGGAAUUUAGGAGAUGGCGUUGUCCUUACUUUGUCCACUUGUUAGAAAUUUACCAGAAGAAUAUGAAACUGGCGGCUUCUUCAGGUUUAAUUAGUGAUUCCUACUGGCAACUUCUCCUAGUCGGGAAAGCAGUUAAAAGAUACUUUGGUCUUACAAGCUUUUAUGGAUGAUUUAACUACCACAUUUAAUCACGGCACCGUAGUCUAUAGGCUGCCGAGGGCUGUAUGACGAAGUGGUAUCACCAGCAUAGACGAAAUUAUUUAGCCAAGGUCGGGGCACAAACUCAGCUUUAUCAGAAGCGUGGUAGGCUAUUCAGGGAGUUCAGCCAAAGACUUAUUUAUACCCGACAGGUGAUAGAAUACAAUGUUGUCGAAGCCCGAUAGAAUAUCGAGCGAGUGGAAAAGAUUGUUGUCGAGCGCAAAUCAAGCAUUGUCAGAACACUAGCAAGCUCUGAUCAUACAGAUGUCUUGCUGCCAACAAUCUUCUCAAUCUAUUCUCCACCAUGAAGUAAAUAAAUGAAUAAUUUUAUUGAAAGACCCUUGGAAGUCCCAUCGUAGCAAGUAAAUAUAAAUUUUCGAGUAAAAUUUGGAGCAAGUGUACAGAUCCUGUACAUUAUCCAGUUUUCAGUUGUAGAAUAAACAGUCACAUAUAAAACGGUAAGCGAGCUGGAAAAAACUCCUUAUGAAAAAAAUGAGACUAGAAAAAUUAGUCGCCCUCAGAGGAGAAAAAAAUCGCCGCUCACGAAAGGGAGAAUAUGCAGGUCGAACAGGACUGGUCGGAAUAUGGUCUUUUAUAAGGGAUACAAAACCUAGAUAGUCACUUCAGCAUUUGGUAAACCGGAUGAUGCUAUCCGCCUGGAAGUGGCAAGACAGAGGAACCCAGACGCGAUCAGAAACAGCCCGCAUAAAGUUCAGCCGAGGAGGGGACAUAAAACGCUAUGUCGGUCAUCAAAGCUUAGGCGGGAGAAUGAGGGCCUGAGGUCUUUUUGCUGACCGACCAGACUACAAGCAAAUGGCGAAGGCAGAGAAUUCCCGCCGUGAUCGUCAACAGGGCAUUUUGAAGUCGAAAUGAGGAGUUGAUACCAUGAUCCGCGAAAAUCAACGAUUGGGGGAUGACAGUCCGAAAUCGCGGGGGCCACAGUGGAAUUCAGAGGAGUGUCGGCGAUCAGCGAAACUGCAGCGGCUUAGAGCGUGCGUGUCAAUCUAGCCGCGCUAUUUAUUUGAGAGACUUUGUCAGGAAGGAUAUCGCACCCUGUGAGGGGCACGCCACAGGAACUGAAAAAUCGAAAAAAUUAACAUUCAUAAUGAGGGAUCCUAGGAAGCAAAACUACACACAGGAGAAGGAAAUGUGGGCGGAGACGGUAAUUUAAUGGCGGCGUCCCAAAUUCCCGAUGAUCAUUCUCAGUGUCACGGAGGAUGUUGUCCGGGAAAAAUGCGGAAAAUAAACGUUUACUCCAGUCAGUAUUCAAAUAGAGACGCAAACAUCUCCUAAAACUAUGUAAAUUGUCCGAAUAUCUAAUAUUCAUUGGAAGGUUAUUCCAGAGAAAAGCAUACCAGGAAGCGAAAAAGAGAACACAUAAAGGUGGAGGAAGCGGGAAGAGGAAUAAUCAACGAAGAAUCGCGAAGAUUGUAUGGGCGACUACUAGGGAUAAUGACUGAAAUUCGGGAAGAGUUGAACUAUUAUUAAUGUAAAAGAGGAGACAGAAACCUGCAUCUUGUCUUCGAACACAGAAAAUGUUCAGGUUAUUUAUCCGGAAUCUCUCUGAGUAGGAGACAUUCGGAUGUUCCGUACCUCGGAGUCUUCUAGCAAAACGUCUUUGAACAUUUUCAAUUUUUGAACGAUUAGCCUCGUUCAUCAAACCAAAGAAUGGGCAACAAUACUCGAGAGUGAGAAGAAAACAUUCGAUAAAGUCUUAAUUUAUUUUCAAGAAGAUAGAAAUUGUAAGAAAUAGUCACAAAUCUGGGCAGCUUUGACCGUAAUUCUGUCAGCGUGUGGUUAAUGAUCAAGAUUAUUGGUGUAAUUUAAAGCUAAAUCCUUGAUGUUGACACAUUCAGUCAUAUGUGUGCCUUGAAAUACCACUAGGUAGGAUAGACUAUCAGGUCCUAAACGCCUAUAGAGACAUUUAGACGGGGAGAAUUCCAUUAGCCAUUUUGAGCUCCACGCUGAAAGAGCAGGCAAGUCAACAUGAAUUUGCUCCAGGCAAUGAAGGGUCGUGGAUUCAUCGGAUGAAUAAACACAUUUCAGAUCAUCAGCAUAAAUAAAGGAAUGAGAAUGUUUAACUGCCGACGGGAUAUCAAUAAUGCAAUGCAGGGACAAGACAGGGCCUAAAACGAUACUUCGUAGGACACCACUUACGAUAGAGCUCUUGUUGGAAAGUGAAGAUCCCACUAAAACCUUUUGUUUACGUUUAGACAGGCAUGACUUAAUACAGUCUGUAAGGGGACUGCAAAAUCCCAGAGCUUCUAAGUUGACCAAGAGUCUUCUCUGUGGCACUUUAUCAAAGGCUUUAUUAAGAUCAAAAUAAAUAACAACAACAGAUAGAUGGUCAUUACGAAGAGAGGUGAGUAGAUUGAGAAACGACAGAUGACAUGUUUCACAAGAACGAUCUGGUAAAAAACCAUGUUGGGAGGGGCUAAUAAAUAUAUUGGCUGUACAAAAGUCGGUACUUUUUAUUACGAUAAUUUUUUCAAGGAUUUUGGCGACUGAAGGUGUUUUAUGGACACCUCGAUAGUUUUGGACAUCAGAACGACAGGUAGAUUUAAAUACUGGUGAGCGGUAUCGAACGCUGCUGAAAUAUCAGCAAGUUAAAGGGUCAUCUGUAACUGGCAGUCAUGCUGGAAUUGAGGACUGCAGAAUAAUGUAUACAUCCGAUUCGUGCGUUUACUUCCAGCCUGGUUGGGUCUCGUCCUAGGGUCACAUAACUAUGAAACUCCAUUGGACAUAAAAUAACAAAAGACUUUUACAGCGCUAUCGACGAGACUUAUGCCACGGUGGAUUUCACGCUUUGUCCAGUUUUCCCUUCAUGAAGAAUAACACAAGGAAGAUGCAGUCCCGCUCAUGGAUAAGCUGCUAACUUUCUCAUGUUGAUUUAUCCACCUUCGGGAGUCAGGGCUCCAGAGUUUCGACACAAGAGUUGUGGAAUUCGGCGGGAAUUCCAUCCUCUUCAAGUGCCUUGUUGCUCAGUCCGAGAAUUUAACUAAUGGUUUCCUACUGAAAUUAGAAAUCACACAAAAUAACACAGAACGGAAAAGUACAAAACUCCACUGCAAAGUGAUGAACUGAUUAUCAAAGCUGAAAAGUUUCUUAAAGUAUUUACGUUAGCGUCCGUUCUUGGUCAAGAUGUCAGCAAUAAAGUCGUCAUGUGUCUCGCGAAAAGAGUCGAUUAGUACGGAGGGUCUACCCCAAACCCAACGGACUAUUUUGUAGGGUUUUCAUAUGUCCACAGCGUUCGAGACCUACGUCAUGGAUAUCUCCAGCCAAUUUUGCAUCAGUUUCUGCAGCUAGCAUAUGGAAUAACUAUGAACGGACCUAGUUCGAGGAGUCUGAAGAGCCAGUUGUAAACUCCGUGAACUGACCAGUUGGUCAGCUGCCGAGUGAAUUCGAGAAUUUUCGUAAAUGUCUGGCGGACUCAGUUCCAAGAACACACCCUCGUAAAAAUUCUCAGGAAAUGACUGGGACCUGAAAAGCAGGUGAGGUUUCCAAUCCUGGAUAAAUUUGGGUGAAUCUUUACGUAGGUAGCAUUUGUUAAUUUUUGUCAUCCAUUAACGAGUCCUUUGUGAUUGGAUAAAGGUUGCAGCGCCUCUGCCCUAAACAUAAAGUUGUACGAUUUUGCUACUCACAUUACUAAACUUGCUUAUCACGCCAUGGUGAACACAUAAAAGAUAUCUCUUAGGUUUACUGAACUUGGUUAACCGAGAUGCUGAGGAAAGCAGAAACAAACCGCCACCUUCUCUUUCUAGACGUCAUUAUGCGCCGAUGUCAAGCUGGAGAUUUGUAAAGUACUGCAUUUGGCGAGGCCACAAAGACAGGUUAGGUACUAAAUCUUUUUAUAAAACAAGUUCGGCCUCACAAACGUAGCCUUGUCUGCACACCGUCUCAAAAAGAUCCAAAAUAUUGCAACACGCCAGUAGACAGAGGCCAAAGCACUAUAAAUCAGCGAGGUCUUCGGAGCCAACGAAAAUCCAAGUAAUUUUGUCGUGGAAAGCAAACGUCAAACGAAAAGCUGAGGGACCUUAACACAGCAACAGGAAUCCAGGAAGGUAAUUAAACACACCGAAAGAGACCCAAGAUGGUCUUUUGGCUGUUACAACUUACUGGGGUUGGAAUAUCCAAUACACCACGGGCAACAUUUGCUUGCCAAGUCGUUUGGCCUAAGGACGCACGAUCACUUACGGAAAUAUCGUUAGGCGUCUACGAAAUGUCACAUCGAGGGGACUUACAAAUAUACAUUGGAACCUUCGCUAAUUGCAUGUUCGCCUAUACGAGUAUAGAUAGCCAGUUCGAAGGCUAAAAGACAACUCUCAACCUGCAGCGCACGCUUGAGGAAGUGACUAUAGUUUCUGGCCUGAAAAGAAUGACCAUCAAUGAUCGUGGAUGUUCAAAGUAAAAUGACGCAGACUAGAGGCGCGUUUUUCGGACAAUGAUUCAAUCGACAGGCAGGAUUAAGAGGUACCACUUCAGUAUUCAUACAGACACCAGAAAAUCAUAACCACAGUGAACCAAAAAUUCAAUAAAGACAAUAUGACAAUGAAAUCAUUCGUUGAGGAAGCAGUUACAUAGCCGCGACAGCCAAAGUCAAGCAUAUGCCAUAAUAACAACGACCACCGGGCCAGAUUCUGAAUAAGAAAAAAAGGGCGUGUCAUUGUAAGGAAUGUUGAAUUCUGCACAGAUUGAAGGAGAACUUACAUGCCGGAGCAGAUCGGCAACCGGACGCGAGUCACGCGUCCGAGCCAGCGGAGAAAGGUGUCUUAGUGCUAUGGGUGAGGUCAGGCCAACGUCAACCCUGAAAUUGACUAUCAGUUUUAGGAGGCUGUGACUGGACCAAUACAAGGCAGAACUUCAAGGUGCCAAUAAAAAGUCAGACGAAAUAAGGUCAUCAUACACGACCUCAAAGUGGCAGACGAAUAAAUCCCCCUUGUGCGUGCGUCUAAGAAUGUGUCAUACAAGGACGCAUCAUUGCACAAGACGCCAGGAGUAAGAUAAACAGAGUGUCUUCAGAUUAAAAAAACACUACAGAUAUCUAAAAAACCGUCAUUUAGGAUAAUAACCAGACAUGAAGACACUUAUCGAACGUGCCGAACAUCCUCAAAUAUUUCUGACGACAAUGGAAAAAGCGAUAAACAGUAUCGCUUCAGUCGAUAGGUCUCUUGAAUUCCAAACUAAAUUUUGUUUAUUUACUGAUCUAGCAUCGAAAGACCGGCCAAGUUCUCUGAGAUGACAAGAACACAAUAAAUCGACAUCAGUAGGUUUCUCCAUUACUUUUACCAGACCGAAAUUUGGACGCUUCAAGAGAACAGGACAAAACUCGUAAUAUCGGGUUGGUCUGUAUUCGGCGGGUUGGCCCUCGUGUGCGCCUGUUGUAAGCCCUAACGCGAUCCAUAAUUUAUUGGUUAUUUGUUUUUUGGUCGGCCUAGCAUGUAAGACUUUUUUUUAUGAAUAAUCCAGAAGCGCAGUGUGCUUUUGAGUCGUAGUAAUGGGAGGCUUCCACGGUUUUUAUCUAGUACAUUGUGCUAAAGAGGAAUGAAGGGACGCCUUCGCAUUCUCCCACCACUCUACGGUACUAAGAGGCGAAACCCCUUAUAAUUGUGCCUACCCAGGCUUUCUGCCCUUAGUCUGUGGAUAGUUUUGCGAUUGACCGGCUUUUAUCAGCAGUGCCUGCGGGCACAAUCCGACAGUAGUCUCUUCACGUGACUAACGCCAGACAACGGCUGUGUCCCGCGCAGGUUGCACCCAGUUAGUCGGUCAGACUACGAACCGCAUGCAAUCAUCAAAACGCGAGUUGUCAGUGCUAAAGCUAGUAACAUCAGGAGCAAAUUUUACUUCAGAUCUCCCCAUUCACAGGGAUUAGUCAUUUUUGAUAACUUUUGAGGUCUUGAAAAUGGCGUAAAUCAGUCUUAAAUUACUAAAUUGACGCUCGAGGACAGGGAGUAGUGACUUUACUUGAUUUAAAAUGGCGGCCAUAGUCACAGAAAAUACGACGGGGCAAACUAUUUCAUAUUGGUUGGGGAACUUACUCGCUCUUUUCAUGUUAUUAACUGAAGGCAAUUUUCCGAAUCGAAAAUGCGAAAAUGUUGCUGAAAAAUAGCAGUAUUGUCACCCCUGGUAACCAAAUACGACCCCGUGACCGGACCUCUUCAAACGCAUUCAUCCUCUUUUACUGUCCUCACACGCAGUUCUUUUAGUUUCAACCUUACAGGUUCAUCUUUUUUAAGUUGGAGACCAGCUAUAGUUAGGCUAUUUAUACUAGUUUGACUCUGGGUGGCCUGCUGCAAACUACCAGCAUGUAAGAUUCACUAUGACAGUAUGCUAUGCUGGGCGUCCAGUAGGUAGGACAAGUCCAAAAGCGCAGUUGUGGUAGACGAUAAAGUGAUUGAAAUAAUAAUUUAGAGCAUUGUGCGCAGAUCCAGUGUUCACAGCUGCUAUAACAAAAGUCCUAACCAUUGUACUCCAUGGUAGGUGCCACGAAGGCAGGCGAACCUACGUGAUACUUUUGUUGUUGGGCAAAUUUCGGUGGCCUGAGGUCGUGAAUCUUCUGAGGACUUAGUGUUUUGAGCAGUAGUUACAAAAUUUGUCCGGUAGGUAGGAUAGGGUUUGUAGAAGUGGACACGAAGAUGUCCAAUCAGGUCGACCCGGGACCGAAAAAUACGUUUAUAAUGUGGACGGGUAUGGAGAAGCUGGUUCAAAUUUGCAGUGCUUUCGGGCCAAGUAUGAACGCUGAAGUUAUUAUUGAUGCUGUUGUAGGCGCGGUGUUUCACAAGACCAUCGACAGCACUGAAUGAACAUUAGCAGUGUCUACGUAUUCCAGUCUUGAUUUUUUAUUCUCUCUUCGGUCUCGUUUCUUCGGCGGACUUUGCAACUUGCUAUUGUAGUCUCCGUACACUUAAGUGAUACUUUUCGGUUACCUUUGUAUAGUUUUCCAACCCUCGCUUGCAGGAGUUUCUAGCUACCUAUUCACAAAAAAGUCGUUUCAAUGGACGCUUCUCUGACAUCCUAACAUUACUAGUCAACCGAAGUUGGGUCUAUUUCAGUACUGCGAAGAUGUUAAAUGUCAAGGAUUUAUUGUUGACGCAUUACUUUUACGUCUGAAGAAUUUUCAAGUGGAAAGGGUUGGACCUUUGAUCUUGACUUUAUAGAUUUUAAGCUUCCUCACUGUAAUGAAGAGUUGCCAGUGGUGUGUUGAAGAGGACGCUACGACGAUUCCUCACUUCCAUCUGAGAUCCCAAUAUAGCAGUCCAAAAACCAUCUGCACAAAUAUUGCUCCCGGACUGCCCUUUUCAUAUAUUAGCCGAAGAAACCUCGGGCAUUUAUGUAUAGCCGGCUCAUCGAGGCAGAAAUAGCUUUAUUAACUUGACCUGCUGUUGAGUUUCCUGUGUAACUCGAGCGCUGAUUUGCGCGGUCUUUAGAGAUCAUGUAGAACCAUUUUUAAUCGUUUUUCUGACGGUAAGCAGAACAUCACAAUUAUUAAAAGUGAACUUGAACCUUUUUAUUCUAUUGUUGCAUUUUCACGUUCAAAACUUCCAAAUGUCACUAUUUAACAUCCCCGGCUCCCGCUGCGCACUGUCGUUUUUUCUAAUGGCAUCAACAAAUUGUGUAGAAUUUCUGAUAAAGUCGGCUGGCGGCUAAGCUUUUACUUGACUUUUUAGGCAGUCUGACUGUUAA